CCUCAAGACACUCACUAGAGCUAAGUCCUGAGUUUCUUUUAAUUCAAGCGUCAGAAAGAAGGAAGGCUCCCAGCCAAUGGAAGGAAGGCAUGGAGGGCUCCAUUGUCUACGUCACAAAGAGGAAGCACUUACGUCACUGGCUUGGGAAUUCCUUCCCUACAACAGACCUUCUUGAUCACACAGAGCAGAUUGAUCCUCUUGUCUUGUACAAGGUAUUUCCCUUUAUGAGCAAGAUGGAAAUGGGAUCCCCAGAAGCAGCAAAGAAGAGAAUCCUCCCAAUGUGGAUGAUGAAGAAGGCAGCUCAACCAGUACAAGAAGCAGAAAUCAAACCAAAGAGAAGGAAGAAGUCAGCUGCAGUGGGGAGUGAGACAGUUUAUUGCAUGAAUGAAGCAGAACUGGUAGACAUGGCUCUUUGCAUUUUGGCUGAAAACUCCAAGAGUAAGGAAGCCAACAUAUCUUCCUCCGAAGAUAAGGACCCAGAGCCUCAGCAAGCCAUGACAAAUCAUCAUGAGAGUCCAAUGAGUGAUAGCAACAGAGACCCAAGCCCUGCUGUUGGAUCCAAGUUUCCAAAGGGAUUGGAUGCUUUAAGUUGCUGUGAGACAACCAAAUCAGAGGAUGACGAUGAUGAUGCUUUGAAAUAUGUGCGGGAGAUUUUCUUUACAUGACUUUAAGCAGACAAGACUAAUUCUUGAGACUGUGAGAAAUGAGUCACUCAAAUAUGGAGGUAAUGGGAGUGGCUUAUGCAAUGUAUAUACAACAUGGAGUGGUAUGCCACCAUCCAAUGACUUCACAGACAACUACAUGCUCAAGGAAAAUGUGUGUGUAGGAGGCAGAGGAUUGGAGGCAAAGGAACCUCCUGAGCACCAUCAGUGAAUGAAUGUUGGUUUUCACUUGCCUUAAAAGAACUGAACUCUUGUUAUUAAAGAAUGAGUGAUCAGGUCUCCUCCAUAGAAGUCCUGGUUCUCUUCACAAUGAGAAAAAGGACAGCAUACUUACCUGUAACUGUAGUUUUUCAAGUGGUCAUAUCUACCCUCACACAAAUAGAUAUUCACAGCCAUUUGUGUGCAGUACAGAGACCAUGAAGAAGUAAUGUGUAUAUAUCUGUUCGAGCCUAUGUGCUAGAGGAAAGAUCCAAGCAACAAAGGUGUUUCCUUCUCCAUUGAGAGGAAAAGCUGCAAGCAAGCUGUUUCUAUAGAUGCUUGUAGCAGAAGGUUGGGCUACUGUGGAAGGUUAGAGGUAACAUUAGCUCUUCAGGAAACAUUGAAGGACUGCACCCUCCUAAUAUUUCCCCCUGCAAUAAAUAAAUAAUAAAAAAUUUGUCCCCAGGUGUGCAAAAUGA